AUGGGGAAGAAAGGGAAAGAAAGGGAGAUGGAGGAGGAGAAGGAGGAGGAGAGAGUGAGAGAGAGAGAGAGAGAGAGAGAGAGAGAGGGUGACCAAACGGAGGGAGGAGGGAGGGGGAAACGGCGUAUGCUUGUAUACAACCCUGAUUUCCAUUUUUUUCCCAACUCGUAAUGUAUUUAAUUCAAGUGAAACGUAAUCAUGACGUGUCGUGUCAUUAAUCUCCUCGCCGCCUCUCCCGAAAUUAAAGGAGGAGGCUGCCACAGAAGAGAGUCCCCCAUCAGCCGAGACAAUAAAGAAUGGCAUAAGAUCACACACACUGCUGAGGAUGGAUUCUCCGCCGGAGUGUGUGUUGUCUCUUUCUUGUGAGCAGCCCCAGUCUCCCCCGACACUGCCGUCCCUGGACCACAGCCCUCAGGCGUUGUCCCCUCACACCCAGCUCUCUCUGCCCGACAGCCCCGUUCUCCUGCCCAUCCACAGCCCCGGACCCUCUCCCCUGAGCCCGGACACCACGCCUUAUUUCAACCUCUCUCCCUUCCCCCUCCACGAGGAGGACAACCACCACGACGUGGACGAAGAGGAUGACGAGGAAGGGCUGGAUGCAGUUCCUCCGUCCCCGACCCCAGCGGUGGCUCUGUUCCCUGGAGGAGGGGGACAAGAAGCUGGGUGCAGCCCCGGUUUGGAUACCUCCCCCCCGGUGACGCCAUCAGCACCACUCCUUGGAUUCGAAACCCUCGAGCUCGCCCUCUCCUCUGGGCCGAGUGGGACCUGCAACGACGAGCUAGACCUCCAGCUGUUCCAGAAAGACACUGUUACCAGGGCGAUACCUGGAGGGGGAGGGGCCUCAUCAGGGCCUGCACUCAAGUUUCCCUGUCACGUAUGUGGGAAGAGAUUCCGAUUCCAAAGUAUUCUGUCUCUUCACGCCCGAGCUCACAGUCUGGACCGAGACCGGCGAGCUUCAGCCCUCUACCGGAGCGGCCUCCCCUCAGCGCCCCUGAAGCAGCAACUCAAGGUCCAACAGAAUCACAAAGACAUAAUCCAGAAUCACAGAAGUCACACAAACCAGCGUUUACUGCCAGGGACGCUCAUCCAGCAUCUGAUUGAGGAAGAGCACGUUGAUGGCGAGGUCAAGGGUCUCGAUGAAGGCCUUCAGACAGACCACAACCCAAACUUUUUACUGGAUGACAGCACACCGUUGACCCCUCCACUUACAGAGGACCCUGUCUCUGUGACCUCUCCCUAUUAUUCCACCACUGGGGAGGGGGCAUCUACUCCCACGGCGCCUACGUUUCGCUGCCAUGCCUGCAAAGGAAAAUUCCGCACAGCUUCAGAGUUGGCACGCCACGUCCGCAUUCUCCAUAACCCGUAUAAAUGCACCCUUUGUCCCUUCUCUGCCAGCCAAGAGGAGAGCCUGGCAUCUCACUUGCAGGAGUGCCACCCUUCUCCAGAGGUUCCAUCUCUGCCACCAGCCUUCAACUCAAGGCCCAUUAUUGCAACCCCUGACACUCCUGUGCCCACCCCGACCCAUACCCCAGCCCCGACCCCGAACACCCCACAGGUGACACCAGCUGCUGCAGCGGCAGUGUCCCCCACACUGCCAGCGUUUCGCUGUGAAAUUUGCGGACAGCGGUUUACCCAGUCAUGGUUCCUUAAGGGACAUAUGCGAAAGCACAAAGACUCCCUGGACCAUAAGUGCCAGGUAUGUGGCCGUGGCUUCAAGGAGCCUUGGUUCCUCAAAAACCACAUGAAAGUUCAUCUCAACAAGCUUGGACUGAAAGCUGGGCUGGGAACUCUUGGGGGGCCGGGAGGUGCUAAUCAGCAGGCCAAAGGCUCCGCAAGUAAUCACUCUCUCAACGCCCUCUACUCCAGCCUCCUUCUGGCCCAGCGAGGAGGUGGCAGAGGUGGAAGGUCAGAGAGGAACGCUGGAGGCAGACUAGGGAUGGGAUCAAGCAAGUCAGCCAUCCUAGGAUACCUGGGGCUGCCCAGUGAUGGCAGUGGGGCCAGCUGCAUGGAGAGACUUCAAGCAGUGGCUCAGGUGGCAGAGAUGGGAAAUGGUGGUGGUGGGAUUGGCGGCCCAGGAGGUGGAGACCUGGGAAGAGCUGCUAGAGCCACGGGUGACGCUACAGCAUCGGUUUCUGAAGGAGAACAGGCAACUUGGUGGCAGCUGGUAGCUCGCAGCCUUGCAGUCGCUCAGCAGCAGCAGCAGCAGCAACAUCAGCAGCAGCAGCAGCAGCAACAGCAGCAGCAGCAGCAGCAGCAACAGCAGCAGCAACAGCAGCAGCAGCAGCAGCAGCAGCAACAGCAGAGGUCCCACCAGCAAGGCCAGCAGCAGGGCCAGCGAGGAGCGGGUCGGAGCUCUGUGAUCACAGACGCUGACCAAGUAAGAGCCUACCUUGGAGGUCUAGAUCCAAGAGAAGACUCAGGAGCAGGAGGGCCAUGGGAGUGCCCCGACUGCGGGAAGCUAUUCCGCAGCCUGCAGCAGGUGGUGGUUCACGCUCGCGUUCACACUCAGAGGCCCCAGAAAGGAGGCGGCGGCGAGGUGGAGGGAGGCGGUAGUCGUCGCGGAGCGGGACUGGGAAGAGCAGGCAGCGGCGAAGUGAGGCAGGAAUCGCAGCUUCACGGUGGCGGAUCCCAACAAGCGGGAGAAGUGAGACAGGAAUCCAAACUGCACAGCGGUGGAUCACAACAAGCAGGAGCAGCUACGGGGUUUCACUCUAUCAUCUCAACCUUCAAAGAAGAAAAUGGCUUGACAGCAGUCUCCUCCAUACCUUCAGUUCCCAUCAGGGAGCGAGUGCGUGGUAGAGGAAUAAAAGACUGCCCCUACUGUGGGAAAGCCUUCCGCUCCUCACACCACCUUAAAGUGCACCUGAGAGUUCACACAGGUGAGAGACCCUACAAAUGUCCCCACUGUGACUAUGCGGGUACCCAGUCUGGUUCUCUGAAGUACCACCUGCAGCGGCACCACAGGGAGCAACGCAACGCCUUGUCAGCCUCGUCCAACUCCUCCUCCGCCGGCCUCACCUCCACAAUCAACAGUCUGACCUCUGGAACCUCUGGGCUGGCCAAGCAGCGCCGAUCCCAAACCAACCACUGCCCCAUCAACCGAGGCCCGACAGACGCCCCCACCUCUCGGCUGAGCCAACAGUCCUGGCUUCUGGGGCUUCCAGACCAGCGAGAGAACCGCAAGGCCUUGGCGGCUUUAAGGGACGUGGACUUGGAGACCCAGUACAGGUAUCUGUCUGGGGUGAUGGGAGCGCUUUACCAAGGUGGAAUGGAAGGAAGCUGGAUUAGAGAGUCUCCCCCACCAAAGGCCCCUAAAGUGUCCCGGCGUAAGCCCCUUACCACGAGCCGAAUGGUCCAGCCUUCCAGUGACAAGGAAAGCCCUGCAUCUUCAACUCAGGAGGGCGGGUUUGAACCUCUGGAUCUGUCCCGUCGUCCCUCACCAGGGUUCGGAGGGAUGGAGGAUGAUGGAGUCAUGAGUGUGGGGGAAGGAGGGGUUGUAGAUGGCGGCGAUAAUUCAUCAGGCGUCAAACUGAGCCAGUGUUUGUUCUGCCCAUUCCGUACGUCCUCAGCAGAGCUCAUGGCCAUGCAUCUCCAGGUCAACCACACCAGUAAGUCUCGGCGUAAAAGAGGCUCUUCGACUACCUUAGACUACGGCGGAGCCUCAAAGUCCACCAAGCUCGGGACGGAUCUCUCCGACCUCGAUUCCUUGGGGAUAUGGAGGCCUGAAGGUGAGGCACCCCUGGGGGAGUGGUCCUCAACCCAGACCCUCAACGGGCUCUCAGAGGAUCAAGCAGGACAUGGGGGUCAUGUUCUUGACUACCCAGACUCCAAACUGGCCUCGGUAUCCAAGAAUGUAAGGGACGGUCUGGGGCUGAGGGAGAAGCUGGAGGAGGAGGAUGAAGAGCAAGAGGAGGAACUGGAGGAUAACCUGGAGAACAGCAGUGGAGAGGACUCGCAGGACCAGGAUCUGAGGAUGUCUCUCGCUCUGUCUCCGGCCCUGAGCUCCAACCACAUGGUGGAAGACGAGGAAAGAGUCUGAACCGACUUACAGGGUGUCUGACGACUCCACUCAGAUGGAGGUUGGGGUUUUUGAAGAGCGUGGGAAGCAUUGCAGAGAGAAAAGGUUUUAAGGUUAAAUGAAGAAUUGCCCCUUUAUACUUUCAUUUCCGGAGAGACUCGAGGAGUCUGAUGUUUUGGAGGUUUUUGAAAAAGAUGAGAGAGAAAAAUCACAGCUGUUAAGUUCCCUCUCUUCAGUUUUGAAAGUGUGGUUUACCUCAGUACAACAAACGUCCUGUUGAAAUAGCACAGACGCAUCUUUACAGGAUUUUUAGGCCACUUUUUGUUUUGUUUUUGAGCUUCACUCUAAGACGGAUGAUUCUAGGAUGAUCUCCUCUUUGAUAAAUAAGUAAAUCUCGGGGCAGAGCUUGCAUCAUUCCAGAGUGAAUUGCGAUGCAUUUCUUUCACAAUUGUAAUGGACUGUAAAUCCCACUUUACCAUACUGACCAGGUUGGAGCUGACUGAAGAGACGCUCUCCUGACUCUGACCACUGAACAGUUUGAAGUUCCUCCUCCACCCACGACCACACGGAGGAACCCUUAGUCCGGACGAGUUUCAAGCUGUGAACAUCAGCGAAGCUAUUUGGUUUUAAUUUAAGGCGUGAGGUGUUGCAGGCCGUGUGUUUUCUCUGUGUUUCACUGCCUUGUUUGUCUGAAAAGUGUUUCUAGAUGAUUGUCCUAAAAGAAAACCGCAAGAAAACAUUUGUAAUUUUGUUUCUUUUUCAGUUAGUGCCUGUUCGCGUACUGUAUGUUAUUGAGAGAGUCUCCGGUGUCGCUGAGGCUCUGAUAGGUUCAUUCAUUUUAUCUGAAUAUACAGUUUAAAACGAUUUAAGUACAGUAUAUUUGUUAAAAGUGGUUCUAGGUCGUUGUGAAUAGUUAAGUUGUAAAAGAAACGCUACGCGGCAGCGUGACGGCAGCUGUUAGUGGCUCAGCUGGAAAAGAAAAGAAAAAAAAGAGUUGGUGAUAUAUACACAAUGUUUAAUGCGAUGAAAGACGUCAAAGCCUCGGCGGUGAAAAGGGGUCACGGUUCAAAAUUCAGUGUUUACAAUGAUGUGGGUCGGGGUUGCCACGGCAACUCAAGGUCAUCGCAGACGCGCAGGAAAGAACAAACCACAGAGCCGGAGUCUGACGGACGGACGUCGCUCGAGCCCACGAACACAAUCAACCGACACGUUGUUUUCAAGAGACUGCGACUCAGCGACCGUGUCCAGAAAACAACGCCACGUUUUUUUCCUCCAUAGGAGAGAAGAUACAAGGUAGAGACAGAAAAAGAAAAGAAACAAACUCUACUCUCUGGUGUCUUUUAGAUGAGUAGAUCCCCUCUCUUCUUUUAUAAGAAAAGAAAAGACAAUGGUAGGAGUAAAUAUUAAAACACUAACAAAUGCAUAGACAUCCCAGUAGAAUAUGUGUAGCUUUUGUAAAGACCAGAAGAAAAAAAAAAAGACGAGACUUGUGUUUAUUUUCAUUUCCAGAUUCUUACAGAAAAAGGUUAUCAAUAUAGGUAAUAUUGAUUAUAAUGUUCGUGAGCUAAGACUAGUUGGAAUGUCUAUACAGAGCACUGUGCAAGGUUUGAGUUCCCAAAGUAGUUGUUUUUUAUUUUUGAAUUUAUGGAUAUAGACCAAACAUCUUUUCUUUCCAAUGGAAGUCGUCACUUUCUGUUUUUAAAACGUGUGAAGUUGUGGUUUGGUGAGAUUUACCCCAUCGAUCAGCCAGAAGAGUCCGUGUGUCAAACCUCCAACUGGUUGUUAAAGAAAGUUCAACAUCAACACAUCAACACUACGAUGGAGCACUGGGGCCAAACUGGAGAAAAAUGUUUGAGAUUAUGAGAAUAAGUUUAGUUUAAUUGAAUAAGAUGCUCGACAUUCCUCAUUUUAACGCAGGGGACAAGCUGAUCUUAUGAUAUUUCCCCUCUAUAUGACAUGUAGCCUAAAAUAACCACUUUAUUCUCGUAAUAUUACAAAUUAAGUGUCAUAACAUUCUGACUUUAUCCUCGUUAUAUGAUUUUAUUCUCAUAAUAUUACACCUUUUUUCUUAUAACACUACCAAUGUAUUCUCGUAACAUUAUUUUAUUCUCGUAAUAUCACAACUUUAUUCUUGAAAUCUCAGAUCCUUUUCUCACUGGCCCUGAUGCUCUGUUGUGCUGUCACACUUCAAACAUCAUCAAUCUGUUCUCAUGCGGCAUGAAGGUAUAUUUAUGAAAACGAUGAAUGUCAGGUGGUAGUUUUCCAGGUGAACGGCUGUUAUUUAUCUACUUGUUGAUGGGGUAUCCUUUGACUGCAACCACACCUUGAUGUGCAUUAAUGUGUCUACGUUGGUUUUUAGAGCACCUUAUGAGUUUUGUAGUGAAAGUCCCUUAGUGGUGUCUCCUUAACAACUACUGUCAAUGCCACCGUGCCUUCUGUUUCAAGCACUUCCUGGUGUAUUUUGUAAAACUCACCAAAAGCACUUAGCCCAUCUCGACACUCUCUCUCUCUCUCUCUCUCUCCGUCUAUCCUUCCACUCCUCCUCCUCCUCAUCACCUCUUUCACUCCAUCUUUCUCUUCCUCCCGACCCCUCCAGGUGUUCUCGUGUUUCUCUCGCCCUGUUCCGGCCUCGAUCAAGGUCACAAGGCCUCCAGUUCAAACUGGCGUGGCGAGACUCUUGACAGAAAGGACUACCUGACCUCUAGGGGAGUAAACAAAUCAUUGUAGAUGUAGGGUUACACUUCUUUUGAAUACUAACCCUCGGUAAACCAAAGCCCAAGUCUAAGACUAAUAGAUAUUUAAUCUCGUGAGGUGCCAAAAUAUGUCCGAAGUGACACUAAAGUUGAGAAAACACAAUAAUUCCCUUAUCCUCUGUCAUUUCUUCUUCUUUCUCCUCCACCCGUCCUCUCUCCUCCUCUCGCUCUCUCGCUUGCUCUUCCUCCAUGUCCCUCUCUCGUCCGUUUCCUGUCUCUCUCUCUAGCACCACUCGAAGGUGACGCGUACUAUCUGGUAUUGAGGCCUUUAUUAGAUUUUUAUUUCAGUUUGUGUGGUGUUUGUUCGAUGCCGUUGAGAUGGAAAAAUGCUCUUCUUAUGAUGAUAAUAUUAUUAUUAUGGUUUUGGCAUUAUGGUUAAAAAAGAAAAGAAGAUACAAAAACAAGAGACAUGUGUUGUUGAAUGUUGUACAGAUAGAAAUAGAGAUGUUGUGUUUUUUUUUAAAGAGAGCACAAACCUGAGUGAUGGUCCCUUCUCCUCCUCCCAUUGGCAGAUGGGAAUAAAAUAAAAUGCCGAUCGUUCUAAAUGUCUAAUGACAAAAAAACUCUCUCAGUGUUGGCGGAUUUUUAAAUCAUAUGUUUCUUAUUAUAAAGCAUUUCUCUUUGGAGACUUGAAUGUAAUUAUUUGACUCAGAAAUCCAGAACCCAAAUUUGAAGAAAAGAUAAAAAAACCUGUGAAAGGCUGAAGCAGCACUUGACUGAAAGUUAAGUUGAAUUAAAGUAAGAAAUCAGAGUUUCUGUGAGUUGAACAGUGAGUUGAACUAAUUUGAACUCACAAAUAUCUAUAAAAUCAACAGAAGCUUCUGUUCAAACUGCUGAAAUAGACUUUUGCACAUUUCUUUAACCGAACGCGAUGUGGCGCCCGUAUGAUUAUUCAGAUGUUUUGAAUAUUGCACCUUUUCCCCUGAUUCUAAAUCAGGUCUUCUUAACCAAAAGGAUACGAUUAUUAUUUAACGUGUAUAUCGGACGAGUAUUUAUCGGUGAUGAUUCUGAAGACGUGACAAAUCUCUGCGAGCUGAGGGGGCCACGCUGGGUUUGGGCUCUUGUGUAGUUGACUGCCAUUGCAGUGAGGGAAAACUGAUCUAACAUAGUAGUGACUAAUAUGACUUUGUGGACAGAUUAAAAAAAAAGAAAUAAAAAUGAAACACAUUAGAAAUAAAUAAACACAAACAAAAAUAA